GCGGCGCUCGCCCCGCCCACCCUCUGCGCGCGCGCGCGCCCGUCCUCUCGCGAGAGGCGCCGAGUCUCGCGAGAGGGCGGGAGCCGCGGCCGGAGCGAUGGCGGCGGCCGCUGCCGUGUGAGGCCGGAGCGAGCGGCCCGGCCGCGGCUCGUCCCCUCUCCUCCCCGCUCCCGGCCCGACGCGACGCCGGUGCUGCGGCCCCCCCGGCGGGCCGCCCGUCCGCGGCCGCGGCAUGAAGGCGGCGCCGGGCAGCGCCGAGGAAACGGAAAAGCUGAACAAGAUGAGUACCCUCUUAGAAAGACUUCACGCCAAGUACAACCAAAACAGGCCGUGGACAGAAACCAUGAAGUUAGUCCGUCAAGUCAUGGAAAAGCGAGUUGUGAUGAACUCUGGGGGGCACCAACAUCUGGUGAGCUGCUUGGAGACUUUGCAGAAGGCCUUAAAAGUAUCUUCUCUGCCCGCCAUGACAGAUCGCUUGGAAUCCAUAGCCAGACAAAACGGCCUUGGAUCUCACCUUAGUGCCAAUGGCACUGAAUGUUACAUCACCUCUGACAUGUUCUACGUGGAAGUGCAGUUAGAUCCCACCGGGCUGCUGUGCGACGUGAAGGUGGCUCAUCACGGAGAAAACCCUGUGAGUUGUCCAGAGUUGGUGCAACACCUGAGAGAGAAAAACUUUGAUGAAUUUUCUAAGCAUCUAAGGGGACUUGUGAACCUCUAUAAGUUACCAGGAGACAACAAACUUAAAACUAAAAUGUAUUUAGCUCUGCAGUCCUUGGAGCUGGACCUCUCGAAAAUGGCAGGGAUGUAUUGGCAAGCCACCAACGCAAACCCCCUUGACAAGAUCCUUCAUGGCAGUGUUGGCUAUCUCACCCCCAGGAGCGGAGGUCUCCUGAUGAAUCUCAAGUAUUACGUCUCGCCCUAUGAUUUAUUUGAAGAUGGCACUGGAGCCCCUGUUAUCUUGCAUGAGAAUAAUGUGCCUCGAUCUUUGGGUAUGAACGUCUCAGUGACAGUGGAGGGCACCAUGGCUAUGUACAAACUUCCCAUCGCUCCGCUGAUUAUGGGCUCGCAUCCAGUUGACAGCAAAGGAACUCCGUCCUUCUCGUCGAUCACCAGUGCCAACAGCGUGGACUUACCAGCUUGUUUCUUCCUGAAAUUCCCUCGUCCCAUUCCGGUGUCUCGAGCUUUCAUCCAGAAGCUUCAGGGCUGCACAGGUAUUCCCUUGUUUGACACACCACCAACGUUUGUGCCCUUGUAUGAGCUGAUCACCCAGUUUGAAUUAUCCAAGGAGGCGGAUCCUCUGCCUUUAAACCACAACAUGCGCUUCUACGCAGCUCUUCCAGGACAGCAGCACUGUUACUUUCUGAACAAAGAUGCUCCUCUCCCAGAUGGAAGAAGCCUUCAAGGAACCCUGCUUAGUAAAAUCGCCUUCCAGCACCCUGGACGCGUUCCUCUCAUCCUCAAUUUGAUCCGGCAUCAGGUGGCGUACAACACGCUGAUCGGCAGCUGUGUCAAGCGAACAGUUUUAAAAGAAGAUUCCCCUGGGAUCCUGCAGUUUGAAGUUUGUCCUCUCUCUGACUCGUGUUUCAGUGUGUCCUUCCAGCAUCCUGUGAACGACUCCCUCGUGUGCGUGGUAAUGGACGUGCAGGACUCUACCCACGUGAACUGUAAGCUGUACAAAGGGCUGUCCGAUGCUCUUAUCUGUACAGAUGAUUUCAUUGCCAAAGUUGUUCAAAGGUGCAUGUCCAUCCCGGUCACCAUGAGAGCAAUUCGUAGAAAAGCAGAAACGAUCCAAGCAGACACACCAGCCUUGUCCCUCAUUGCAGAGACAGUCGAGGACAUGGUGAAGAAAAACCUUCCCCCUGCCAGCAGCCCCGGGUACGGCAUGACCACGGGCAGCAACCCCAUGAGCGGUACCACUACCCCGACAAACACUUUUCCCGGGGGGCCCAUCACCACUUUGUUUAACAUGAGCAUAAGCAUGAAAGAAAGGCACGACUCGAUGGGUCACGGGGAGGACUUCAGCAAGGUGUCACAGAACCCGAUCCUCACUAGUUUGUUGCAGAUCACAGGGAACGUGGGCUCGACCAUCGGCUCGAGUCCCACCCCUCCCCAUCACACACCACCACCCGUGUCCUCACCGGCGAGCAACACCAAGAACCACCCCAUGCUCAUGAACCUUCUGAAAGAGAAUCCCCCUCAGGAUUUCUCCACUCUGUAUGGGAGCAGCCCCCUCGAAAGGCAGAACUCUUCCUCUGGCUCCCCCAGAAUGGAAAUGGGCCCUGGGGGCAAUAAACAAAAGAAAAAAAAAUCCCGUAUGCCGGCCGACAAGCCCAAGCAUCAGACUGAGGAUGAUUUCCAGAGGGAGCUCUUUUCGAUGGAUGUUGACUCCCAGAAUCCCAUUUUUGACGUCAACAUUACUGCAGACGCCCUGGACACCCCUCACAUUACCCCAGCGCCCAGCCAGUGCAGCACUCCUCCCACCACCUACCCGCAGCCGAUACCUCACUCACAGCCCAGUAUUCAGAGAAUGGUUCGACUCUCCAGUUCGGACAGCAUCGGAGCCGACGUGACCGAUAUCCUUUCGGAUAUAGCAGAGGAGGCUUCUAAGCUCCCCACCACUACCGAGGACUGUCCGCCCAUCGGUACUCCCGUAAGAGACUCUUCUAGUUCAGGACAUUCACAAAGUGCCCUCUUUGAUCCCGAUGUUUUUCAGACGAACAAUAGCGAGAACCCCUACACAGACCCAGCAGACCUGAUAGCAGACGCUGCUGUGAGCCCCAACAGCGACUCUUCAAACCAUUUUUUUCCCGAUGGAGUAGAUUUCAACCCUGACUUGCUGAACAGCCAGAGUCAAAGUGGCUUUGGGGAGGAGUAUUUUGAUGAGAGCAGCCAGAGCGGAGACACUGAUGAUUUCAAGGGCUAUGCAUCCCAGGCUCUAACUACUUUGGGGGUGCAAGUCUUGGGGGCUGAUGGGGGAGAAAAUAAGUUUAAGGGGAGCAAUCAAUCCGAUACGGUAGAUUUUAGUAUUAUUGCAGCUGCAAGCAAAGCUCUGGGGUCCUCUGACAUCAUGGAGCAUCACAGUGGAGGUCAGAGCCCUUUACUGAACGCAGGGGAUUUAGGAAAAGAAAAGUCUCAGAAACGGGUAAAGGAGGGGAACGGUUCUGGGGGUAACAUGGCAGGUCCUGGGAUAGACGGGAAGCCAGGGAAGCGCAGCCGGACGCCAUCCAGCGAUGGUAAAAGUAAAGAGAAACUUCCAAAGCGGAAAAAGCAGGAGACAGAUGGGAAAUCCCCAUCUCACAGUUCAUCAAACAGGCCUUUCACGCCACCAGCAAGCACAGGUGGGUCCAAAUCUCCCGGGAGUUCGGGCAGAUCUCAGACUCCUCCUGGUGUAGCUACUCCUCCUAUUCCAAAAAUAACCAUUCAGAUCCCGAAAGGAACAGUGACUGUCGGUAAACCGUCUUCGCAUGGCCAGUAUACAAGCAGUGGCUCUGUCACCUCCUCCAGCAGCAAAAGCCAUCAUAGCCAUUCUUCCUCCUCCUCCUCCUCUUCCUCCUCUUCAACCUCAGGCAAAAUGAAAAGCAGCAAAUCGGAAGGGUCGUCUGGCUCAAAGAUGAGCAGCAGCCUCUACUCAGGCCAAGGCGGCUCAAGUUCGGGUCAGUCCAAGAGCUCGGCUCAGUCGGUGGGCAAGUCCGGAUCCUCCCCCAUCACCAAACACGGCCUCAGCAGCGGCUCCGGAAGCGCCAAGAUGAAACCUCAAGGAAAGCCAUCAUCGCUUAUGAACCCUUCCAUGAGUAAACCAAACAUCUCUCCGUCUCAUUCCAGACCCUCGGGAGGUUCUGACAAGCUUGCUUCUCCCAUGAAACCUGUCCCCAAUACUCCCCCGUCAUCUAAAGCGAAGUCACCGAUCAGUUCGGGUUCCGGAGGCUCCCAUAUGUCUGGGACCGGAUCAAGCUCGAGUAUGAAAUCGUCUUCAGGAAUGGGAUCUUCUGGCUCCAUGUCACAGAAACCACCUCCUUCAUCGAAUUCUUCAACGGCGUCUUCAUCUUCCUUUUCAUCCAGCGGGUCUUCCAUGUCUUCAUCUCAGAACCAGCAUGGAAGUUCCAAAGGCAAGUCUCCGAGCAGAAACAAGAAGCCAUCUCUGACUGCGGUCAUAGACAAACUGAAACACGGGGUUGUCACUAGCGGGCCUGGUGGAGAUGACCCCAUGGAUGGACAAAUGGGGCCAAGUUCCAAUUCCUCAAGCCAUACCAUGUCCUCCAAACACAACAUGUCCGGAGGUGAUUUCCAGGGCAAACGUGAGAAGAGUGACAAAGAGAAAUCGAAAGUCUCUGUUUCUGGAGGAUCUGGUGACUCUUCCAAGAAGACUUCGGAUUCCAAAAACGUCGGGAGCACUGGAGUGGCCAAAAUUAUCAUCAGCAAACACGAUGGUGGUUCCCCCAGCAUUAAAGCCAAAGUAACCUUGCAGAAACCCGGGGAGGGAGGCGGGGACGGCCUGCGGCCUCAGAUGGCUUCUUCCAAAAGCUACGGGUCCCCCCUCAUCAGCGGAUCCACCCCCAAACACGAGCGCUGCUCUCCCAGCCACAGCAAAUCGCCGGCGUACACCCCCCAAAACAUCGACAGCGAGAGCGAGUCGGGCUCCUCCAUCGCCGAGAAAUCCUACCAGAACAGCCCCAGCUCCGACGACGGCAUCAGGCCCCUGCCUGAAUACAGCUCGGAAAAACACAAAAAGCACAAAAAAGAGAAGAAAAAAGUGAAAGACAAAGACCGGGACAGAGAUCGGGAUCGAGAUAAAGACAGAGACAAGAAGAAAUCUCACGGCAUGAAGCCGGAGAGCUGGUCCAAGUCCCCGAUUUCGGCUGAGCAGCCCCUGUCCAUGACGAGCAGCGCCAUCCUGGCGGCCGAGCGACCGGCCCGGCCCAGCCCCGAGUUUUUAAUUGGGGAAGAAGAUGACGAUCUCAUGGACGUUGCUCUAAUUGGCAAUUAGUUUUCAUAGUAUCUCGAAAAGACGAGCUCGUACGCAGGACCUGCGGGUUCCGGAGGUUGAAAGGAAGGAGGCGUUCGCUGCAAACCUGAUUUUUACGGGGUGCGUUUGAAGAGAAAAUAGUAUUUCCAAGAAUCUCCAAAGUCUGAACAGACGGUGCAAGCGCCAGCAGCUGGUUCAGCAAGCCAGUUCCCAACCGCGGCCUCUGUCCUGCGGACGCUUGCACUCAUUCUUAAUUAAGGAGUAUUAAUGGCCCCAUUAGAGUUAAUGGGUGUAAAGCGAAGUGUGGGAGCAGCCCCCAGACUGCUGCAAACAGAAACCAAGGUUAUUUUGGGAAUGUCCAAGUUCCUCUGCCCCUCUCCCCAUUCAUAAGUUGCUUUUGGUUUUAGGAAGUUUUAAACUCAUUAUUUUAGGGUGUGUUUUAGGGUUGGGUUUUAUUCUUUUUAAAAAGGGUGGUUGGAAGAAAAAAUAAGAUAUAUAUUUAUUGUAUUUGGCGGCAUUUCUUCUUUCAAUGCCUGGUUCGACUUCAUCUUCCUCUGAUACGAGUGGGUGCUGUGUCCUGCGGAGAUCGGCGUCCUAUUCCAGGUCACCCUGAGGAAAUAUUCCCGUCUUGUGUUUGACUUUUGCUUCAUUUGAGCUAUUUAUUUCUCUCCAUAUCCAAACGCCUCAUGCUGCUUCUUUCCUCUGUUUUCACUGUACCCCACGAAGCCCAAAGGGAUUCGGAGAGUUUGGGGAGAGCCCGUGGAUUUGGGGAGCUCUCCAGCUGCUGUGGUUUUGGUGAAGUUGGUGACAUUCCGGCACAUCUUGGAGCAGAAACAACCAUCAAAGCAAGUGGAAUCAGCUGGGGAUUCCACAGGAUGGUUCGCUGGACAUGGAAUUAAUGGGAAACGUGGAAAUCGGGAGGAAAUCCAUUCGGCUGCGUAAUUAACACAAAAAAAGCAAUUUAAAGGAAAAGAGCUGCACACGUUUCCUUCGCUCGCCCAAGACCAAAGUUCAUUAUUAAUUUAUCUGCGGUAAGCGGUGUCACCAUCACAAAUCGAGGGAACAAAGGCUGCUCCUGACCCUGGGGACACCCCUUUUCAAUGCUUUUCUCCCCAUUUUUGUGCCCUGUCACCUUCCACCCCGUGUGAUAUAAAUCAUGAGCGACUGGCCGGCGCCAGAGGUGAGGUACACGCCGGCACGGACGUUUUGAUGUGUGAACGCUUGGUUUCGGACAAAUGUUUUAUUUUUGAAACUAUUUUUGCUUAUUCUCAACAAUUAUUUGACAUCUUUCAGUAUUGGAAAGAUUAAAAAGAAGCAUAAACAAAAUAAAAGCCAAACCUUUUAAUCUCAGGUGGCGAAGUGGACACGGAGAUUAAAAGAAAAUGGUUCUUCAUGGUGGUGAUGUAAAUACCUGCCUGGAAAUUGGCGGUUUUUGUAAAUGCCCCCCCCCCCCCCCCGCCCUUCUGGGGCAGUUUCACCUUUUUUGUGAAAUAUUGCGAAGAACGUGUUUAUUUACAUGCAAAUAAAUCUCUUUGGUACAAA